AAUCAACUCCUAUCAAACACCUAAGUGAAAAGUAUUUCUAUUGGAUUGUGGUACAACAGAUGUUGUCUUUUUUACUUUUUACUGACUAAACCCAUUUAAUGUUUUUGCGAAGAAAGUACCUUGUUUGGUUUUUGGCAAUAAAAGUCAUUUUCAAUUUAUUUUGCCAUUCUCAAUUUAUUUUGCUUACCUAGAAUAUCACAGAUCAACGAAGUAUAUCUCUUGGUAAAGAGUAAUUUUUUUUUAUAAAAAAAUGCUGGGACAAAAAACAACUACAAAUAUGCAUAUAUGACUAAAAAUUUUGUUGCGACACCCAAAUACGCCUGUUAAAUCUGGUAGGGCUUAUUACCAAUCAGCUGGUUAUUGUUUUCUUUCACGUAGAAACUCAGCAACCCUAUUUGUGCUUAAAAACAAUUUGCCGCCAAAUAAGCUCCAACUGAUAUCAACAAUCCUAUUUGUGCAGAAAUUUAGAAAAGUAAACUUUUUUUUAUAAACAUUGUGUAUGCAUCAUGGAAGAAGGAGGUGGAAGCAAACCGAAAUUUCUUCAAAAUACAGGCAAAUUUUCAUCUGAUACACGUGCUGAAGGCGAUGACUUCUUUAAUGAGGCUGGAUAUCGACAAUCGCGUGAAAAUGACAAAAUCGACUCCAAAUAUGGUUUCGACCGGGUGAAAGAUAGUAUUGAACGUACUGGGUACCUCAUAAAUAUGCACUCGACUGAAAUUUUGGAUGAAGAUCGCCGUUUGGUCGCUGCAUUAGAUUUGUUUUUCAUACAAAUGGAUGGAUCUCGGUUCAAAUGCACUGUAGCUUAUAAACCCUACCUAUUAAUACGACCCGAAGAGAAACAAUCGCAUGAGGUGGCUCGUUUUCUAAGUCGUAAAUAUUCUGGUCAAUUAGCGAGUGUGGAGCAUAUAAAUAAAGAAGAUCUUGAUCUGCCAAAUCACUUGAUAGGCAAGAAGCAACAUUUUUUGAAACUUUCAUUCUUGAAUCAAACUGCUAUGACAAAAGUGCGCCGUGAGCUAAACGCAGCGGUCAAACGUAAUGUGGAACGUGAAAAAUCGAAUACAUUUUACAUGCAAAUGCUGUCGUCUUCGUUGGCAGCAUCUAGCGUUGGUAAUGAUGGCGAAGUUAAAAAACAAAUGGACUACAUGGAUCUCAUUUUGGACAUACGUGAACAUGAUGUGCCUUACCACGUACGUGUGUCCAUUGAUUUGAGUAUAUUUUGCGGUCAAUGGUAUAAUAUACGUUGUCGUAGUGGAGGUUUAGAAUUACCAAUAAUAACACCACGUCCUGACUUACUUGAGCGUCCUGAACCAGUCGUGUUGGCGUUUGAUAUUGAAACUACCAAAUUACCGUUAAAAUUUCCUGAUGCACAAACGGAUCAAAUUAUGAUGAUAUCAUAUAUGAUCGAUGGUCAAGGAUACCUUAUAACAAAUCGUGAAAUCAUAUCGAUGGAUGUAAAUGAUUUUGAAUACACGCCGAAACCAGAAUUUGAAGGCAAUUUCAUUGUAUUUAAUGAGAAUGACGAGAUGCAUUUAAUUCAAAAAUUUUUCGAUCACAUAAUGGAAGUACGGCCACAUAUUGUGGUGACCUACAAUGGUGACUUCUUCGAUUGGCCAUUUGUCGAGACUCGUGCCGCCGUCUAUGAUUUGGAUAUGAAGCAGGAAAUUGGCUUUUCUAAACUGAGAGAUGGGUUUUAUUUAAGCCGCCCAGCUAUACAUAUGGAUUGUCUAUGUUGGGUAAAACGUGAUUCAUAUCUACCAGUCGGCUCGCAGGGAUUAAAAGCCGUAGCUAAGGCUAAAUUACGCUAUGACCCAGUUGAGCUGGAUCCAGAGGAUAUGUGUCGAAUGGCUGUCGAACAACCACAAGUUCUAUCAAAUUACUCCGUAUCCGAUGCGGUAGCUACAUAUUAUUUAUACAUGAAAUAUGUACAUCCAUUUAUAUUUGCGUUGAAUACAAUUAUUCCUAUGGAACCAGAUGAAAUUUUACGGAAAGGUUCGGGUACGCUUUGUGAAACUUUACUUAUGGUACAAGCGUAUCACGCCAAUAUUGUCUACCCCAACAAACAACAAAAUGAAUUAAACAAACUAUCAAAUGAAGGUCACGUUCUGGAUUCAGAGACAUACGUUGGUGGUCAUGUGGAAGCAUUAGAGUCCGGUGUCUUUCGUGCUGAUAUACCGUGCCGUUUUCGACUCGACCCAAAUAUGGUUAAUCAACUUAAAGAUAAUGUGACCAAAGUGUUAGUGCAUGCAAUUGAGGUGGAAGAGGGUGUACCCAUAGAUAAAGUAACAAAUCUGGAAGAGGUGAACAAGGAAAUAACACAGGCCUUACAAGGCCUUCAUGAUAUACCCAAUCGCCUGGAACAACCGGUGAUAUACCAUUUGGAUGUUGGUGCCAUGUACCCCAACAUCAUUUUAACCAAUCGUUUGCAGCCUUCGGCAAUGGUAAGCGAAACCGAUUGUGCAGCUUGUGAUUUUAAUAAACCAGGCGCUAAGUGUAAGCGCGUCAUGGAUUGGUUGUGGCGCGGUGAAAUGUUACCUGCGACGAGAAAUGAAUUUCAGCGCAUACAACAGCAAUUGGAGACAGAAAAGUUUCCACCACUCUUUCCUGGCGGUCCGACUCGCGCAUUUCAUGAGCUGUCGCGCGAAGAUCAGGCUGCCUACGAAAAGAAACGGUUGACAGAUUAUUGCCGCAAAGCCUACAAAAAGACGAAGAUUACCAAAUUGGAAACGCGUACAUCCACAGUGUGCGAGCAGGAGAAUAGUUUCUAUGUGGAUACAGUGCGUGCGUUUCGCGAUCGACGCUACGAAUAUAAAGGACUGACCAAAGUGGCAAAAGCAGCUGUCAAUGCGGCGCUUGCAUCAGGUGAUGCUACAGAAAUUAAGGCGGCUAAAGGCAGAGAAGUUUUGUACGACUCAUUGCAAUUAGCGCACAAAUGUAUUUUGAACUCUUUCUAUGGCUAUGUGAUGCGGCGUGGCGCUCGUUGGCAUUCCAUGCCCAUGGCCGGUAUUGUGUGCUAUACUGGCUCAAAUAUAAUCACGAAAGCCCGCGAGAUAAUAGAGCGUGUAGGACGUCCAUUGGAGUUGGAUACGGAUGGUAUUUGGUGUAUAUUGCCCGGUUCAUUUCCACAAGAAUUCACCAUACAGACGACGCAUGAAAAGAAAAAGAAAUUCAACAUUUCAUAUCCGAACGCCGUGUUGAAUACAAUGGUGAAGGAAUAUUUCACUAACGACCAGUAUCAUGAGUUGGUGAAGCCAGCGAAUGAUGGCAAAUUGCCAGAGUAUCGUAUACGCGAUGAGAAUUCCAUCUUCUUUGAGGUGGAUGGUCCAUAUUUGGCGAUGGUGUUGCCUGCCGCCAAAGAGGAGGGUAAGAAAUUGAAGAAACGUUAUGCGGUGUUUAAUUUCGAUGGCUCGUUGGCUGAGUUGAAAGGUUUCGAGGUGAAGAGACGUGGUGAAUUGCAGCUCAUUAAAAAUUUUCAGAGUUCUGUAUUCGAGGCAUUCUUGGCGGGCAACACGCUGGAAGAGUGCUAUGCUUCUGUUGCCAAAGUCGCCGACUACUGGUUGGAUGUGCUUUACAGCCGCGGUUCUAAUUUACCGGACUCGGAACUUUUUGAUCUGAUUGCUGAAAAUAAAUCAAUGUCCAAGAAGCUGGAAGAUUAUGGUGAGCAAAAGAGUACGUCAAUUUCUACCGCCAAACGAUUAGCCGAAUUUUUGGGUGACCAGAUCGUCAAAGAUGCUGGUCUCGCCUGCAAAUAUAUUAUUUCGAAGAAACCAGAAGGCGCCCCUGUUACAGAACGCGCCAUACCGCUAGCUAUUUUCCAGUCAGAGCCGAAUGUGCGUCGUUACCACUUGCGGCGUUGGCUUAAAGAUAAUACGAUGGGAGAUGCCGACAUACGUGAUGUGCUGGACUGGAACUACUACAUAGAACGUCUUGGCGGUACGAUUCAGAAGAUCAUCACUAUACCCGCAGCGCUACAAGGGCUCUCGAACCCUGUACCGCGCGUUCAGCACCCAGAUUGGUUGCAUAAAAAGAUACUUGAAAAGAAUGAUGUGCUCAAACAACGGCGCAUCAACGAAAUGUUUAUGCCUAAAGCAAAGACAGCGCGCGAAAUACGCGCCACAAGUGAAGUAGCUGAUAUGGAGGAUUUGGUGGCCAGCAAUGGUGCGGAAGGUGCGCUCGGUGGACGACCCAUUGUGACAAAACGCAAACGUGUACAUUCGGGAGAAACUGAAGAGCAGGAUGAAGAAGCUAAGAAGGCCGCCGCGGCUACUACAUGGCGUCAGGCCCUAGGAGCGCCACCACCAAUCGGCACAACCCGUGCAGAAAUCAUUGAAUGGGUACAUUUCCAAAAGAAGAAAUGGGCGUGGCAACUUGAACGUCGACAACGCAUUCGACAAUCUAACAAACGACCCCGCAAUGAUCAACCCGUAGCGUCGCUAAUGCCAAGCGCACGGGAUGGUGGCACAGCUACCGGCACAAUUGGUGGUUUCUUGAGGCGCGCACAACGUGCUCUUAUUGACCACAUUUGGCACGUUCUACAAAUAGUGCCCAAUGACGAUUUGGGCCAUUUUACAGUGUGGCUGAUGAUAGGCGAUGAGCUGCAUCGCAUCAAGUUGACCGUGCCGCGUAUCUUCUAUGUGAAUCAACGUAGCGUGGCGCCACCCGAAGACGGUCAACUGUGGAAGAAAGUAAACAGGGUCCUACCACGCGCACGACCCGUAUACAAUCUCUAUCGUUAUAGCGUGCCCGAACAGGUCUUCAAAGAUAAUUGUUUGGGUAUGUUAGCUGACCUUGCAACGCCUGAUAUCGAAGGUAUUUAUGAGACCCAAAUGUCUCUAGAGUUCCGUGCACUAAUGGACAUGGGCUGCAUGUGCUCUGUACAACGGCAAGAGGCACAACGCCUAGCCACCUUGGCCACCAAAGAUCUUGAGAGUUUCUCAAUUGAACAGCUGGAACAGCGACUGCAAGGGCAAUCUUAUUUGAAGAAUGCUCAAAAUAAAUUACGCAAAAUAUUCCUCUAUCAACACAAUACACCAACGGCUAAAAAAGAAUUGUGGGGAUUAUUCCUACUCUCUAGCCGAAAAGCGUUCAUAUUCGUGCUCGACACGGUGCGAACCAAUCAGAUGCCUAAUAUGCGCACAUUAUAUACUGCCGAGCGUUUGGCGCUCAUAAAGACCAUGAAAGACGUGGCUGAAGUGGAACGUUUGCCGCCAGAAGAGUUCACAUUUGAAGUGCUCAUCGAGGUGGAUGUGAAGCAGAUCUACCGGCACAUACAACGAGCACUCACCUCCUACAAAGAGGAGAAACGCGGUCCCUCAAUGCUGUAUGUGCAAACGGCGACGGAGGCACGGAAAUUGAACUCGGCCAUGCCGAUCUUACUUGAUUUUCCACAAGCUCUGAUACACAUCACUGAUGACGCCUCACUCUUGUCCGGCUUAGACUGGCAGCGUCAGGGUUCCCGUGCAUUGGUUCGUCACUUUUUGCAUCUAAACAAUGUGGUCGAGAUGAUGUUAGAUCAAUGCCGUUACUUUCAGGUCCCCAUUGGCAAUAUGCCACCCGAUACAGUACUCUUCGGAGCGGAUCUCUUCUUUGCGCGUAUUUUACAGCGGAAUAAUUUCGUGCUUUGGUGGUCCACUACAACAAGACCGGAUUUGGGUGGACGUGAAGCGGAUGACAGUCGUUUGCUGGCCGAAUUCGAAGAGAGUAUUACGGUCGUACAAAAUCGACCCGGCUUUUAUAAUGACGUGUGCGUGGAACUGGCACUGGACAGCUUGGCUGUAAGCGCUCUGCUACAAUCGAACCGCAUUCAGGAAAUGGAAGGUGCCAGUUCGGCCGUAACGUUUGAUGUGAUACCACAGGCCUCGUUAGAGGAGAUGAUUGGCACUGUACCAGCGGCUACCUUGCCAAGCUAUGAUGAGACUGCGCUCUGCUCAGCGGCAUUUAGGGUGUUGCGUCAUAUGGUUAACGGCUGGUUGCGUGAAGUAGCGUUAAAUCAGAAUAUAUUCGCUGAUUUUCAAUUGAUUCACUUCUACCGUUGGGUGCGCUCCUCCAAUGCGUUGCUAUACGAUCCCGCACUUCGACGUACUUUGAACAAUCUGAUGCGAAAAAUGUUUUUGCGAAUUGUGGCCGAAUUUAAACGUCUCGGCGCGACGAUUAUCUAUGCGGAUUUUAAUCGUAUUAUACUGAAUUCGGGAAAAAAGACGGUUGUUGAUGCUUUGGGCUAUGUGGAGUAUGUCGUGCAGAGCUUGCGCAACAAAGAACUCUUCCAUUCCAUACAACUUUCGUAUGAGCAGUGUUGGAAUUUUAUGCUUUGGCUCGAUCAAGCCAACUAUGCUGGUAUACGUGGUCAGUUGCCGCCAGGCGUAACUAGCGAUACCGUUUUGUGCAGUGUUGACGAUGAUGAUGAGGAACAAGAUGGUAACAAAACGAAUAACACGACAAAAAGUAAGCGUCGUGAGAAUGAGGAGGCGGAUGAAGAUGAUAUUGAAGAGAUUGAUCGCCCCGAGGAGGCAGAUGAAAACGCUUCAACUAACGGUGAAGAAGAGCAACAAUUAUCCUUAGAGUUGAAUUGGACUAUUGGCGAGCAUCUGCCCGAUGAAAAUGCUUGUCGAGAAAAAUUCGAAACCCUAUUGACAUUAUUUAUGCAAUCGUUGGCCGAAGGCAAGUCUACAAGGCAAGCUAUGAAGGAUAUUUCACAUCCUGCUUUUGAUUUUGUAUCAAAACUCCAUAAGAAUUACGGUAAAGGCCGACCGAGUCCCGGUCUAGAUUUAACACGUGCGAUAGUGAAAGCAUUGAGUGUUGAUAAGGGAUUGGCCGAUGAUAUUAAUGAACUGCGCCGAAAUAUGUUGCGACUGGUUGGAAUUGGCGAAUUCUCCGACCUGGCGGAAUGGAAGGAUCCCAGUGACACAUAUACCAUUGCUGAAGUAAUUUGUAAGGCGUGUAAUCAUUGUCGUGAUUUAGACUUAUGCAAGGACAAGCAUCGUGCGAUGAAGGACGGAAUUCCCGUUUGGCUGUGUGCCCAAUGCUUUGUAGCUUACGAGAAUGAGGAAAUCGAAAUGCGCAUAAUCGACGUGGUGCAACGUAAAGUUAUGUCUUAUGUGCUGCAGGAUCUUAGAUGCGCUCGUUGCAAUGAAAUAAAACGUGAAAAUCUCGCCCAGUUUUGUCCUUGCGCUGGGGAGUAUGUACCUCUCAUAAGUGGCCGCGAAAUCAAUAGUCUGCUGCAUACCUUCAAACGGGUGGGUGAGUAUCAUAAAAUGCUGCUGUUGCAAGAAACGGUGGAGCAAGUCAUUACUACGUAACAUAUUUAAAAUCGGCACAUUUUAAAUGAGCUAUUAAAAAGUAUGAUUAGGUAAAAAAAAGAAAUAUAAAAAUGUUAAGCGUG